AUGUUAUCGACAGAAAAGUAUGAGUUCGAUCCAAGUUAUCGUGGUCAAACUGGAUCAAGUAUCGGUGUAUCCACAGUUGGUUUUCGUUCAAAUAAGUAUAAUCCGAAUGAAUGGCAUGAAAAUAACUAUGCGAAAUAUUAUCAAGCAUUUACUGAUCGUGAUGAAGCAGAAAAACAACGCUGGCAGGCCACUCGAACUGAAAAUGAAACACUCGCACUAUCGCAGCAAACACAGGCACUAUCGACAAAAAAAUUACAACAACGUUUACAUGAUGUUAAUUUUUGGAAAUUCGAACUCAAUCGAAUGAUAGAAGAUGUACGCAAUGAAACUGAUCUACUUGUUGCACAAAAGAAACGUUUAACAAAUGCAUUAGAUGCUACAGAAGCUCCUUUGCAUAUAGCUACCGAAUGUUUGGCCAAUCGAGAACGUCGCUAUGGAGAAGAUCGUGUCCACGAUCCAGUUGAUAUCGCUCUAAUGAAAGAAGUUGAGAUCAUCAAUAAUGUACAAAAUCUUUUACGACAAACAAUAAUGACUUCUGAACAGCAAAUUCGAGCCAAUCGUAAUGCGAAGCAAAAUCUUGAGAUGGAUUGGAGUAACAAAUGGGAAGCAUCUAUUGCCGAUGCCAAAGCAACAAAUCGUCGUAAUGAAGAUGUUGAUAUCAUGUUCUAUCCAGGUGUUGCUCGAAAUUAUGACAAUCAAUCCACACCUGAAUCGUGGGCACAGAAUUCUCACGAUAAUAUUGUUAAUGGACAAAAUCAAUUGAUGGCCUCAAUUCAACUUCGUUCACUCAUCGAUAGCAUUCUAGUUGACAUCUCACGUGAUAUGCGUGAGCAAGCUGAUGUAGUAGAAACCGAAUUCGGUCGACGUAUUGCCGAAAUGUCGGAUGCUAUGCAAAAAAUGAUUUAUAACAUGCGCGAAACAUUGAAAGCGAUAGCCGAGACUGAGAAGAAGAUUGAUUCACUUCGUGCAUCUAUACGUUCGAAAGAAGCACCACUUAAAGUAGCACAAACUCGUCUCAAUGAUAGACGUGCUCGACCUGGCAUUGAAUCUUGUCAUGAUCCGGCUCAAGAUCAUUUAAUCGGUGAAGUUUAUCAAUUAUCGCAAUCUAUUGAUAAUCUAACUGGUGAAUUACGUGAAGCCGAAUCGAACUUGAAGAAACUUCAUGAUGAUCAUCAGAUGAUAAACAAUCAUCAUGAGCAACGUUUUGAUUCUCACCAACGAACAAGACAGCCGUGUGAACAAUUAAGUGCAGAUUAUAAAACACAUAUGUGCAUGCAAAUAUUUGCUUAA